AUGGAAGAAACCCAAGUCAUGCCUAUUGGUGAAUCUGACACAAUGGUAGACUGGAAUUGCCUGCGAAUAAGUGAUUUGAAAUUAAUGUGUUUAAGAUAUAACAUCGCUUCGGAAGGAAUGAAGGCGGAUAUUAUAAACCGCUUAGAAACUUUCUGGAAGAAAUCAAAUGAAAGAGAUAGUGAACUAUUAAGAGUAGAAAAAGAGAAAUUGGAUAAUGAAAUGCAAAAACAGGCCAUUCUGACUUACAUAGAGAAGAGGUUAAAAAGGAAAAUUGAUAAAAAAUUAGAAAACUCGCUACUGAAAGUGUUGGAUAAAAACUUGCAACAAUGGUCAAAGGUAAAUACUAUUGAAAGCUUUCCCAAAAAGACUUUUAAAAAUUAUAAGACCAAAGUUGAGAGUAAUAAGGAAGGUGGUCACAAUACCUUUUUGCCCGAAUACUUUGCUGGAGUCAGAGGUGGUAAACUGCUUCAUCCAGAAAUAGAAGAAUUAAGUAAAUUAUGUUUGUUCUCCUCUGCAUUUAAUACAAAAGGCCCUUUACUAUAUAAAAAGCUGCAAAGCAAAUACAAUGAUAGUAGUUCUGCAAUGGACAUUAACAAAGUGGUAGCUACUACUUUUGGAACUAAAUUGGACUGCACUUGUGCUGCCAGAACCAAGGAUCACUUUCGCACCAGGUCUAUCAGGGUUUGUAGAACUUUGGAGAAACCAAAAAUGAAAAUUUUUGGCUAUACAUAUUCAUCUGUAGAAAAACUAUCAGAAGAAGCCAGAAUAUUAGCAAAAAAUUUAGUAUCACCCUUUUACAGAGCUAGAUUAGACAAAUACUGA